AUGGCGAAAGAAAUUGAAAUCAUAUAUGAAGAAGAAUAUGUAUUGAAUUCUCGAGGAAUGAAAUUAUUAGCAACGAAAUGGAUUCCUGCAAAUGAAAAUCCAAAAGCAUUGGUUUUCAUGUGUCAUGGAUAUGCCAUGGAAUGCAGCAUUACCAUGAACAGCACAGCAAGAAGACUUGUAAAAGGUGGAUAUGCAGUUUAUGGUAUAGAUUAUGAAGGACAUGGAAAAUCAGAUGGAUUAGCUGGUCUUGUUAUGAAUUUUGAUGAUGUCAUUGAUGAUUGUUUCACUCAUUUCAGCAAAAUAUGUGGUUAG